AUGGCGUGGCUGCGCAUUUCCAGCACCACCAUGGCUGUGCUCUUCACGGUGCAGACGGGGCUCCUGCUCUACCUGUACAUGCACCACAACCACCUGCUGCCCUCCCUCCGGGAGAAGCCGGCCCAAGUCCACGUGCUGAUCCUGUCCUCUUGGCGCUCGGGCUCCUCGUUCGUGGGGCAGCUCUUCAGCCAGCACCCCGACGUCUUCUACCUGAUGGAGCCGGCCUGGCACGUGUGGGUGACCCUCUCCCAGAGCAACGCCGAGGUGCUCCACAUGGCCGUCCGCGACCUGGUGCGCUCGGUCUUCCUCUGCGACAUGAACGUCUUCAACGCCUACCUGCCCUGGUACCGAACCCUGUCCGACCUCUUCCAGUGGGCCGUCAGUCGAGCCCUGUGCUCGCCGCCGGCGUGCAGCGCCUUCCGGAGGGAGGACAUCAGCAGCGAGGCAGCCUGCAAGACCCAGUGCGCGCAGCAGCCCUUCUGGGCGGUGGCCAAGGCCUGCCGCUCCUACAGCCACGUGGUGCUCAAGGAGGUGCGCUUCUUCAACCUGCAGGUCCUCUACCCGCUGCUCACCGACCCCUCCCUCAACCUGCGCAUCAUCCACCUGGUGCGGGACCCGCGCGCCGUGCUCAAGUCUCGCGAACAGUCGGCCAAGGCGCUGGCCCGGGACAACGGCAUCGUGCUGGGCACCAACGGGACGUGGGUGGAGGCCGAUCCGGGCCUGCGGGUGGUGCAGGAGGUGUGCCGGAGCCACGUUCGCAUCACGGAGGUGGCCAUGCAGAAGCCCCCGCCCUUUCUGCAGGGUCGCUACCGUCUGGUGCGCUUCGAAGACUUGGUGCGCGACCCACUGACCGAGAUCCGGGGGAUGUACGACUUUGCGGGGCUGCGCAUCACGCCCCAGCUGGAGGGCUGGAUCUAUAACAUCACCCACGGCCAGGGGCCCGGCCAGCUUAAGGAGGCCUUCAAGAUCACCUCCCGAGACGCCCUCAACGUCUCCCAGGCCUGGCGCCACGCCCUGCCCUUCCCCAAGAUCCACCGCGUUCAAGAGCUGUGCGCCGGGGCCCUUCGGGUGCUGGGCUACCGGCCCGUGGACUCGGAGAAGGAACAGAAAGACCUCACUUUGGACUUAGUGCUGCCCCAGGGCAGGAGCAGGUUCAGCUGGACCUCCUUCGCAUCCUCAUAUGCGCGAGAGAAGUAA